AUCUGUUGCUCUCUCCCGGCGGCAGCGAGCGGGGGCGUGCGGCGCGGCCGGGACGCUCUCACUCACACUCGCACUCGCACUCACCCGCACGCCCCUCGCACCAUUGUCCCUGCCCGCCCGCCCCGCUCUCUCUCUCCCCCUCUCUCGCUCGCUCGCUCGGGGUGUUUUGUUGGCGGCCCGGCGCGGGGCCCGGCGCGCCCGCCCGCGCCGCGGCGGAGCGGAGCGGCACAUUCAUUAUCGGCCGGGGGCCGAUUUCAAACCGCUGCCAUCGCGGCUCCAUUGUUCGCCGGGCGGGCGGGCCCCGCCCCCCUUUGUGCGCGGCGGCCGCGAUUGGCCGGCGCCGGGCGGAGCGCUGCCGUCACCGCUCGGGAAGCCCAUUCAUCUGUGCACUUGGGCGUUGGACUCCGCAUCUUAUUAGCAACCAGGGAGAUUUCUCCAUUUUCUCCUUGUCUACAGUACGGCUACAAAUCUGGGAUUUUUUAUUACUUCUUUUUUACUAAACUUGGGCUCCUUUUUUUUUUUUUUGCUCGACUUUUUCCUCCCUUUUUUUCCCCUCCCUCCUGUGCUGCUGCUUUUUGAUCUCUUCAACUUUAAAUUUUUUAAAAGGAGUGCAUUAUAAUCGGUUCUGUUCUCUCUUCUCUUUUUUUUUCCCCUCUGGUGUGUGUGUGUGUUGCUGCUGCUGCUGGUCGCCCAGUAUUUAUACCAACCCAACGCUCUUUGUUUCCCCUCCUUUUGGAUCUGUUGAGUUUCUUUGUUGAAUAAGACAGCAUGGGUGCCCAGUUCUCCAAGACCGCUGCAAAGGGCGAAGCCUCCGCCGAGAAACCUGGGGAAGCAGUGGCUGCAUCUCCAUCCAAGGCGAAUGGACAGGAGAACGGCCACUUGAAGGUGAACGGCGACGCCUCCCCCGCGGCGGCGGAGGCGGGCAAGGAGGAGGUACAGGCGAACGGCAGCGCGCCCGCCGAGGAGACGGGCAAAGAGGAGGCGGCCUCGUCGGAGCCCGCCUCCGAGAAGGAGGCGGGAGAGGCGGAGAGCACCGAGCCGGCCUCCCCGGCGGAGGGCGAGUCCUCCCCCAAGACUGAGGAGGGCGCGACCCCCUCGUCCAGCAGCGAGACCCCGAAAAAAAAAAAGAAGCGCUUUUCCUUCAAGAAGUCCUUUAAGCUCAGCGGCUUCUCCUUCAAGAAGAAUAAGAAGGAGGCCGGCGAGGGGGCCGAGGGCGAGGGCGGCGCCUCCACCGCGGCGGCGGAGGGCGGGAAGGAGGAGGCGGCGGCCCCCGAGGCGGCGGGCAGCGAGGAGGGCAAGGCGGCCGCCGAGGAGGCGUGCGUGGCCGGCAGCGCCGAGGCGGCGAAGGAGGAGGCGGGGGACUCGCAGGAGGCCAAAUCGGACGAGGCCGCCCCCGAGAAGGCGGCGGGAGAAGAGGCCCCGGCAUCGGCGGUGGCCGAGGAGCAGCAGCCGCCUCAGCCGGCAGCGGAGGGGAAGGCGAAGGCGGCGGAGGAGGCGGCGGGUGCCGGCGCCGCCACGAGCGAGGCGGGCAGCGGCGAGCAGGAGGCGGCCCCCGCGGAGGAGCCGGCGCGGCAGGAGCCCCCCGCCGAGAGCAGUCCGGAGGGACCCGCCGCCGAGUCGGCGGAGUAGUAAGCGCCGCCGCCGCACCUCGCCGACGGACUUUUCUUCCCCCCUGUUUGUUUUUGGAGUGGUGCCAGGUACUGGUCUCGGAGAACUUGUCUACAACCAGGGAUUGAUUUAAAAGAUGUCUCGUUUCUUUUUUUUCUCUCCCCCCGCAGCUCCCAUCUCAAAUCGUUAUAUGUUGCCGCCAUUCCAACGGGCGGAGGGGGGCUCCUCUCCGCCUUCCUCUCCCAUCCAUUGUAUUUUGGUUUUUUUGGGUUUUUUUUUUCAUCAGUAUUAAUGUUUUGUUUUGGUUGGUUCGGUUUUUUUUUCCCGUUGGUUUUUUGCUAUUUUUUAUUUUGUUCGUUUAUUUUUUAAUUUCAUACUUCGCAACUCUCUUCAUAUUAUAAAACUUUUGCCGAUCGGUCUAUGGACAUGCCCAUAUAUGAAGGAGAUGGGUGGGUCAAUAAGGGAUAUCAAAUGAAGUGACAGGGGCCGCAGUGGGGAACCCGGGGCGCGCAGCCCUUGCUGGGAGCGCGCCCCGCCAGAAAUGAUGUAAGGGGUUAGUCUUUUUUUUAAAAGAAAGUUAUUACGAUGUAUUUUGUGAGGCAGAUGUUCUAUAAGGUUUACAACACUACAAGUCUUGAUUAAGAAGGAAAGGAAAAAGGAAAAAAAAAAUAAAAAAUAAAAAUCAAUACCCAGAUAAAGAGAUCAUAGUCUUAGAAAUUCAUUUAAACCAUAGGAACUUUUCACUUAUCUCAUGUUAGCUGUAUCAGUCAGUGAUUAAGUAGAAAUACAAGUUGUAUAGGCUUUAUUGUUUAUUGCUGGUUUAUGACCUUAAUAAAGUGUAAUUAUGUAUUACCAGCAGGGUGUUUUUAACUGUGACUAUUGUAUAAAAAAAACAAAUCUUGAUAUCCAGAAGCACAUGAAGUUUGCAACUCUUUCCACCCUGCCCAUUUUUGUAAAACUGCAGUCAUCUUGGACCUUUUAAACACAAAUUUUAAACUCAACCAAGCUGUGAUAAGUGGAAUGGUUACUGUUUAUACUGUGGUAUGUUUUUGAUUACAGCAGACAAUGCUUUCUUUUCCAGUUGUCUUUGAAAAUAAAGGAAAACUCUUCAGAUGCAAUGUUUUUUUUUUUUUUUUUUUUUUUUGUGUAGCAUCUUGUCUAUCAUGUUUUUGUAAAUACUGGAGAAGCUUUGACCAAUUUGACUUAGAGAUGGAAUGUAACUUUGCUUACAAAAAUUGCUAUUAAACUCCUGCUUAAGGUGUUCUAAUUUUCUGUGAGCACACUAAAAGCGAAAAAUAAAUGUGAAUAAAAUGUAUAAUUUGGUUGUCUUUCUUUUAUGGAUACUCUGCUAGCUUAAAGGGACUAGCCAGGAUUGCCUAAAUUUGUACAGAGACAGUCAUGUGUGCUGUUAGCACUAGCUUUGAAAAGUACCUUCCUGGAUCUUGGACUCUGUAAUACUGUGCAUUUUACAGAGAAAGUGUGCAGUGCACCAGGUAAUUUGUAGGCUUUUCUGGCUUUACAAAGAAGACUGGAAGGCAGUCUGAGCAUGUACAGUAUAUGAUUCUCCUGUCCAGGCUCCAUCUUGCUUUUAAGACCAGAGGUAUCCAGCGUAUGAGUAUCUUGCCUCUUGAGGAAAAUAAGAUUUAAUUUGAAUUGCUUAGGGUGGGGCACUGAAAUUUUUAUGCUGAGUUGCUUAAAAAUUAAGCUCUUGAACAGAUGUCCCACUCAGAUCUUGGUAUGCUGGUCCUGCUUUGGUACCUCGAUGAUUGUCUUGAAAACUCUAGCCUGGAAGGAGAAGGGGGAAACUUAACACUGCCAUUCUACUUAAAGUAAUUAAAAGCAAUAUUUUCUUUUUUUUCCUCAAGUGCUACUCCCAAGUACAGGUGAGUUUCAGAGCAGAUUUCAAAAUGUGUCAAUAAAAAGAAAAAUUACUUGGUGCUUGCCUUUAAUUGUUAGGCUUUUUUGGCUAAUUUCCAGCAUAUUGCUCAGGGCAAUUAUGCCUUAAUACAACACUGAGUUCAUGUAAGAAAAGCAGCAGUGGUGUUUGGAGGGUGGAAAUUGAUUCAAGAAAGUGUUGCUUCUAAGUUUAUAGGAGAAAGUUUAGUAUUACACUUAUUUGCUUCCACCAUUUUCAGCAGAAACUCUUUGGAAGCAAUUAUGAUUCAUUUUAUGAGAAAAUGGCACGUUAGCACCUUGUUCCCUAAAGAACAAAGCCUAAACUGAAUUAAGUAUAGUAGAUUUCCUGCUGAAUGCAUACUUCUUUUUGUUUUGUUUGGGUUUUUUUUUUUCUGUUUUUUUUUUUGUUUUUUAAUUCAGCUAUCUACCAUUUUAACUUUGACUUGUAUGUACUCUAGUUGCCCUGGUAUUUCUCUAUAACUUUAGAAAUGUAUUGAAACUAUGCUAUAAUUGCUGAGGGACAAAAAUAAAUGGAUGUAAAACAAUA